AUGUCUGUUUCAGUGCAAGAAUUGGACAACACUGUCCGCGCCUUCUAUGAGGGCAAAGGCGAAGUGCAAAAACAAGCACAGCAAUCUCUUACGGAGGUUCUGGACGAGGUGAUCAUGACAAGGUGGAAAGUUCUACCACGGGAUCAAUGUCAAGGAAUCCGCAACUUCGUCGUCAAUCUGAUUAUCGAGCAUUCCAAGUCCGAAGAAAGACUGAAGAGCGAACGUGCCUUUCUAAAUAAAUUGAACCUCGUCCUCGUCUCUAUACUGAAGCAAGAAUGGCCUCAUAACUGGCCGACUUUCACCAAUGAGAUCAUUUCGUCCUGCCAUACGAGUCUUUCGAUUUGCGAGAACAAUAUGGCUAUCCUUCGAUUGCUGUCGGAAGAAGUUUUUGAUUACUCGCAGGACCAGAUGACCUCGACAAAAGCAAAGAAUCUUAAGACAACAAUGACAUCGGAGUUCUCAUCGAUUUUUCAACUAUGCUCAGAGGUUUUGAAUACAGCAAAUCAGCCUGCUCUGAUUAAGGCAACUUUGGAAACUCUAUUGCGAUUCUUAAAUUGGAUUCCUUUGGGAUAUAUCUUCGAGACACCCAUAAUCAGCACUCUUCUGACCAGGUUUCUCGGCGUGCAGGAAACUCGCAAUGUGACACUGAAAUGUUUGACCGAAAUUGGUGGCCUUCAGAUCGGUCCUCAGUACUCCUACGACGAGAAGCUUGUACAGAUGUUCACAGAGACGCUUACGCGGGUGGCCGAGGUUAUUCCCUUAUCGAUGGAUUUAAAGAGCACCUACACAAAUAGCAAUUCGAGAGAUCAAGAGUUCGUCCUGAACCUUGCUCUUUUUCUUUGCAACUUUUUCAGCGUGCAUUUAAAUCUCAUCGAAAAACUACCCAAUUUAGACUAUCUCACCCAUGCGCACUUCUACCUCAUACGAAUCAGCCAGAUUGACGAUCGUGAAAUUUUCAAAAUUUGCUUGGAGUACUGGACCAAACUCGUACAGGAACUGUAUGAAGAGAUGCAGCAGCUCCCAAUCACGGAUAUUAACCCUUUAGUGAACAUGGGCGUGAGUGCGCUAUCAAAUGGUGGCGCUCCGCAUCCCAGUACACUUGCAAAUUAUCCUCUGCGCAAGCACAAAUACCAAGAGGUACUGUCGAGCCUGCGAACAGUUAUGAUCGAAAAGAUGGUGCGCCCCGAAGAGGUUCUGAUUGUGGAAAAUGACGAGGGUGAAAUCGUUCGUGAGUUCGUCAAGGAAAGUGACACUAUCCAAUUAUACAAAACAACAAGGGAGUGCCUCGUCUACCUCACACAUCUUGAUGUUAUUGAUACGGAAAGUAUCAUGGCCGACAAACUUGCCAAACAGGUCGACGGCACAGAAUGGUCAUGGGCUAACUGCAACACACUGUGCUGGGCCAUUGGUUCCAUCUCCGGUGCGAUGAACGAGGAGACAGAAAAGCGUUUCCUAGUAACUGUGAUCAAGGAUCUUCUUGGUCUGACGGAACAGAAGCGUGGCAAAGAUAACAAGGCAGUCGUUGCGAGUAACAUUAUGUAUAUUGUUGGCCAAUACCCGAGAUUUUUGAAAGCCCAUUGGAAGUUUUUGAAGACUGUGGUGAACAAGUUAUUCGAAUUCAUGCACGAAACUCAUGAAGGUGUUCAGGACAUGGCUUGCGAUACCUUCAUCAAGAUUGCCAACAAAUGCAAACGCCAUUUCGUGGCUCACCAGCCUGGAGAGACUGAACCUUUUAUAGAAGAGAUAGUUCGCAAUAUGCGAAAGAUUACCUGCGACUUAUCACCACAGCAAGUGCAUACCUUUUACGAGGCUUGUGGCUACAUGAUCUCGGCCCAAGGCCAAAAGGGCCUCCAGGAUCGUUUGAUUGAGAGUUUGAUGGCAUUGCCCAAUUCUGCAUGGGAUGCCAUCAUUGCGCAGGCUAAUCAAGAUUCCUCUAUUCUCCAAGAUGCGGAGACUAUAAAAAUUGUCGGAAACAUUAUGAAGACCAAUGUUGCAGCAUGCUCUUCCAUUGGCAGUUACUUCUACCCCCAAAUUGGACGCAUUUAUCAUGACAUGCUCAACAUGUAUCGCGCCUCCAGUCAACUUAUAUCUGAUGCUGUGGUUAGAGAUGGAACUAUUGCAACGAAAACACCCCGAGUGCGAGGGUUGCGCACCAUCAAAAAAGAGAUUCUCAAGCUUAUCGACACAUAUGUUCAAAAGGCGGAUGACCUAGAAAUGGUCAACCAGAAUAUGGUGCCUCCAUUGCUCGAAGCUGUGUUACUGGACUACAAUCGAAAUGUCCCGGAUGCACGCGAAGCAGAGGUUUUGAAUGUCAUGACAACUAUCAUUCACAAGCUUCAUAAUCUCAUGGACGAUAAAGUGCCGCUGAUCAUGGAGAGUGUCUUUGAGUGCACUCUCGAGAUGAUCAACAAGGACUUCCACGAGUACCCCGAACAUCGUGUUCAAUUCUUCAAGUUACUACAAUCAAUUAACUUGUAUUGUUUCCCUGCUUUGUUGAAAUUGGACGCCAAUCAGUUCAAGUUCGUCAUUGAUUCAUGCAUGUGGGCAAGCAAGCACGACAACCGCGAGGUGGAAAACACAGGAUUGACCAUGUGUCUUGAGCUGAUGAAUAAUAUGGCCGAGACCGAUCUGCAAACCUCGGGAAUUUUCUUCCGUCAAUUCUACCUAUCUAUUCUCCAGGAUGUCUUCUUUGUAGUGACUGAUACCGAUCAUAAAGCUGGAUUCAAAUCACAAGCAAUGCUUCUGUCGCGCAUGUUUUACUUCGUCGAAUCUGGUAAGAUACAAGAACCUAUUUACUCACCAGAGCAAGCACCAGCCGGCACCUCCAACAAGGAUUUCCUACAAGAAUAUGUUGCCAGCCUUCUUCAAUCGGCUUUCAAGAAUCUCCAAGAGAUUCAAAUCAAGCAAUUUGUUAUUGGGCUGUUCGCCUAUAACGACGACUUUACUAAAUUCAAGACACAUCUUCGGGACUUCUUGAUAUCUCUCAAAGAAUUCGCAGGAGACAAUGCUGAGCUCUACGCAGAAGAACGCGAGCAAGCACUACAGGAUGCCAAGGCUGCGGAGAGAGAUCGUGCCAUGAGGGUUGGAGGUUUACUUAAACCAGCUGAAAUGGAUCAGGAUGAUGAUCUAUGA